AUGGCCAGAACCAAGCAAACAGCAAGAAAAUCCACCGGUGGUGGCUAUCGACACUACAAUGGGUUGUGGAACAUUUCAUCAUUGAACAAAGGUCGGCCCUCCAAAAAGCCAAAAAGAGAAUGGCUGGUGGAUGAUCACGGAGAGAAACCACACGAAAUUACAAAGAAACAAAUCGAACGAGCCCUUGCCAGAGCUACUCAAAAUCUUCAUCAAAAUGACAAAAAGCAUUAUGAUGAUGAUGCCUUUAAUGUCGAACAACAACAAUAUGAAUAUGUUUCCGAUUUGACAAAAUUGUGGAUUGUACAAGACCAGAGAAGACUCUUAAAGAGUAGCAGCAGUGAAUCAUCAUCAUCAUGCUCCGAUGACGAUUUGGAAAAUCUUUCCAUACUUUUGAAAGAUUUACCUGUUGAUCUCAAGUAUGACAUUAUUGAUUUUGUUCCAACAUUCUCAAAGAGACUUGUUUUUCAGGACAAGACACUACAAAGAAAUAUGCAAUUGGUUGAAAUCAAUGAUCCUCGAAAUGUGUUUUAUCACGCAUUCAACCCUUUAGAUCCUGAUGAAAUUGAAAAGAAGAGAGUUCAUGGAUGUGUCUAUGAAAAUGACACGAUCUUUAUUACAAAUCACAAGAAGAGACUGAUCAAUAGAGAGUAUGCCAUUAGAAUGAAGCACUCUCUUUUGAGACACACAACAACUCUUGACAUGUCAACAGCCACGGAGAGAAAUACCAUCGUGUCGUUCCUUACUUUCAUUAGAGCUCAGAGAUUGUACGCUGAGGGUCGUGCAGACAUGAACGAUGUGUUGAUUUAUCAAGACAAAACAGUAAUUGAAGCCUUGUUUUUGAAACCAAGACUUGUUAAACCCAUAUCAAAGUACAUGGCUAUCGAUGAUGAUGAAGAAGAUGCCAUUUCUAUGCCUGUGAUUCCUUUCAAUCCUGCAAUGCAACCGAUCGACAAGGAAGAUGAUAAUUUUGGAGCAUUUCUUGUUGAUAGUGACGAAUCCUCAAAGAAGAAUGAAAACGGUGAUGAAAGUCCUGUGUUGGACAAGGUCAAAAGUAUUUGGGGAUCUCUUUCAAAUGACCAUCAAGAUCAUGAUAUUUCUGACACUGAUAUUCAAAUGGCUAUCAAGAAAGUUUUGGACAUGGAAAGCAACGAUGACCUUCCAAAGAGGGGCAAGGGAAAGAGAUUGACAGGUUACAGGUCUUUCCAAAAAGUUACUGAAGAGAAAGAAGGUGAUUCUCAAAAAGCUCCAAAGCCUACACAUAUCGUUUAUGAGGAUAUCAUUCCGUUUGAGAUGUUGGCCAUUUGUAGUCUUUAUGAGCCACAUAACUUUCAAAAGACAACCGACAAUGUUGAGGAAAUUUUAGAGUUCAUUGGAGAGAAUACCACACUACAAACUAUUUAUUUGGGUCAAGGACAUGAUGUAGAAGUGAAAAUAGUCCUUUCAUGUUGCAAGGGGUUACGUAAACUGAGUCUAGUGGGUUGGACUUCGUUGUACACUCCUUUCUUUAGAAAGUUGGACACGUUGAUUGAGAUGCCAACACUUCCCAAACUUUCAGUCAUCGAAUUUUGUGGUUGCCUCAAAGAUUGCCUAUCAAGUGGUAAUACCUCCUUCUUGGAUCAAUUAUUAGAGAAAAAUCCAACAGUAGACAACAUUGUUUUAAGUUUGAUGCAAUUCGAAGAGGACGAACUGGAUGACUUUGACAUAUUUGCCAACAAGAAUAUAUUUAUUGGCGAAAAGAAUAUUAACUCAUCUGGAGGAAAUAAUCAUGGUAUGACAAUCUCCAUUCUCAACUUUAUCGAUUACAAGCCAGACGUGUUUGCUUCAACAAUCUCCAAUAUCAGAGCAUUCAAGCAAGAUUUUAGUACUCUUUUUUCGAGAUGGAUUGGAAGUUACCAUUAUCAGGAAGAACAUGAAAAUAUUUGGAUUCUCAAAGUUAAGGAUGUUUUGGAUGUGUUAUUUAGAGAUAAGUUAUUUCCGUUGGAAUGUAUUCCUCAAAAGACAUUCAUGAGGUCUGAAUUGUUUGAAUAUACAGUAUAUUUGGCCAAUACAUAUCAGAAUGGGCGAUUCUUUCCAGGUCCAAUCACUACAACCUACUCUUGGUUUAAUGUUGACACAGAGUUCAAUAAUGCCGUGAAAGCAGGAUUGCAAGUCGAGAGGACCUUUGAAGAGUUAAUAUUUGGCAUGACAAAGGAUUAUUUGGAAGACAUUCUUAACUUUUUACAAGCAAAGUAUUGUCACGAUGCAAAAAGUUUUGAUUCGAUUUUGAGAUAUUUAUUUAUUUAUUCAUUGAGGAUUAAGGCUGAUAUUGAUCUAUUUUCCAGAAUCUUGAGAUUUAUCAAGAAAACGGUGGAUAAGCGCGACACUAAUCUAAUCUUCUCUCCUGUCAAGUGUGCCAUCUCCCCUCAUCACCUGAAAGCAGUCAAAGAAGAAAUUGAUCCUUCCUUUUCAUAUAUUUCUAUACCAAGUGCUGCUUUCAUAUUUCAGACAUCAUUCCAAUGCUCGGCUUUAUUCCUAGACAUUGUACCAGAUCAUGAUUUAUUGUACCGCAAUGAGCUGGGUGACACGUUUUUACACAUUCCUCUACUCUUUAAAGAACAACUUGCGAUCGAAUUGGCACUACAGAGGGCACCAAAACUUGCUCACAUUCUUAAUAAUGAGUCGAGAUCUAUCCUGCACAUUUUGUCACGAACAGCUGAGAACAUUCCCAUCAUUCAUCGUCUGAUAUCACACUACAAGGCCGACAUCAACCUCAAAGACAUUUAUGACAUGACACCAUUCGAUGACUUGAGUGAUGUUUCGCUUGAGAUGAUAGGAGAUUCUUUCAAUCUCAAUCCAAAAAACGAUCCUAACAGUUACCACUUGUACUAA